AUGAGUGCAAAAAUCAGCAUGUUAACUAAAGAAAUAGAGGUACUCAAAAUGAAAGGAAGUAAGAAUGUUAGUGCUGUCUUUAGAGAGGACCCAAUGGAGGUGUGUAAAAUCUGUCAUGAGAUAAACCAUGCUACAAAUGAAUGUGCAUCACUUUCAUCAUUCUUAAAUGUGCUAGAAGAACAAGUACAUGCAUUUAAUUCAUACUGGCCAAAUAAUUCUUCAUAUUCUAACAAUUAUAACCCAAAUAUUCGAAAUCAUCCGUAUUUGAGUUAUGACAAUGUGUUGAAUCCUCCUGCUCCAAGGAAUUUUAAUUCACCACAUGCAUCAUUAUCAUCUAGACCUUCCUUGGAGGAUGCACUUAGUACUUUCAUUCAAAGGCAAAGUGAGCAAAAUCAAAAGUUUGAAUCCAUGCUCACUAGGCUAGAUGAAGAGGUGUCUAUUUUGAGAAGUGGUAAAGAGAUUGAUAAAAGUUCUCCUUUAGUAACUAAGAAAUCUAAGGAGACCCCAGUUGAAAAAGAGAAGGAUGAAACUGAGUCACUUGGAUUUGGUGAAAUUGAACAGUGCCCAAUCCCUCCACCAUUUCCACAAGCCUUAAAAUUACCUAGGAAAUUGGACAUCACAUCUGAGAUAUUAGAUCAUUUGCAUCAAGUCAAGAUAAAUUUGCCAUUAUUGCAUGUUAUCAAGCAAGUGCCUGCAUAUGCCAAGGUAAUUAAGGACCUAUGCACCAUCAAGAGAAAGCAUCAUGUGAAGAAGACCGCAUUCCUAACAGAACAGGUAAGUGCAGUUAUCCAACAUAAGACCUCACCAAAGUAUAAGGAUCCGAGUUGUCCUACGAUCUCUUGUACUAUUGGAGAUUACAUCAUGGAGCAUGCAUUGCUAGAUCUUGGGGCAAGUGUUAUUUUGAUCCCUUUCAGUGUAUAUCAAAAACUUGGACUUGGUGAGUUAAAACCUACUUCAAUAACUUUACAGUUGGCUAACCACUUUGUAAGGGAGCCAAGAAGGAUUGUUGAGGAUGUGUUGGUAAAAAUUGAACAAUUUUAUUAUCCUGUUGAUUUUAUUGUUCUAGAUUACCAACCUGUUUUACAUCCUAGUGUUCAUACCCCUAUUAUUUUGGGUAGACCUUUUCUUGCCACAGCUAAUGCUUUAAUUAAUUGCAGGAAUGGAAGAAUGCAACUCACUUUUGGUUCCAUGACUUUGGAGCUAAAUAUAUUUCAUGUGGCUAAACAACCACAUGAGGAUGAUGAUUGUGCUUAUGUGAACCUCAUUGGGGCGGUGGUUCAAGAAGAGUUUAAUAAGAAUUGUUUUUCUGAUCCUCUUGAAACUCUUCUUAAUAAUUCUAUGAUGGCAAUUAAUAAAGGAUGGAAGCCUUGCUUUAAGGAGCUACUAGAAAAUGAAAAAAAGCUCGUGCAUUCAAGUGAAGAGGCACCACAGCUGGAGCUUAAGCCACUGCCCGGUGGUCUUAAAUAUGCAUAUUUAGGCCCAGGUGUGAAAGAAAUUUUGUGA